AUGACCGAAGAAAUGGAAGUAGAAGCAAAGUCGACGACGAUCGAUUCGAUGAUGGAAGAAGAGAACGUGCCGGAUUUCGUGAAGGAAACAGUCGAGAGAUGCGGCAAGAACCCAAUGUCUCUGUUCUCGGAGCUCUACGUUCAAUUGACCUCUUCUGUCCCGGAAUUUGAUUACUACGUCAGAAACCAACCAGACGGUACUAUCAAAUUUGUGUGUGUCACAGAAUUGGACGGCGAAAAGAUUGAGGGAAGCGGGAAGACGAAAAAGAAAGAGGCCAAGUUGGCGUGCUCCCUGAAAGGCCUCGGAAUAGUCCUGAAUCGAGUCGUCAGCGACUCGGUUAUACCGCAAGUGAAGUUUGGAAAAGACACGACGUUCUUCGAGCUGCUCCGGGAGCACACUUAUUCAAAGUUUUAUGAGUGAGUGUUCGAUUUUCAAUGAAAUUUGUUCACAUUUACAUUAGAGACUUUGCAAGAACAAUGCGUUCAUUUACGGAUUCGAGAAAGUGAUCGCAUCGGUUUUUGUCAAAGUGAACGAGAAACUGCAACUGAUUUCGCUGUCGACAGGAAACAAAGGGCUCCGGGGAGAGAACGUGGCAAAUGACGGGACGGCGCUCAUCGAUUGCCACGCCGAGAUUCUUGCAAGAAGAGGGCUCCUCCGGUUCUUGUAUUCUGAAGUUCUGAAGCAUUCCAAUAAUCCCGAUAAUUCGAUUUUCAUAAAAGGAGGGGAGAAACUCGUUCUCCGUUCGGAAGUUUCCUUCCAUUUGUUCAUAAACACGGCUCCGUGUGGAACUGGAAGGGUAGAUGUAAGUAGAAAAAAAGAGAUGAAUCGGAUCUGCAUUAAAAGUUUCAGAAAAAAGUGAAAGAAUCUACAGAAUCACAGAACUCAGUUUGUCGUCUUCGAUUCAAAAUUGACAAAGGAAUGGGGACUGUUCUGGGCGACGCAGAUGAGUUCGAUGCUCCGCAGACGUUCGAUGGAAUCAUGAUGGGAGAACGAAUGCGGACGAUGUCGUGUUCCGAUAAACUGCUGCGUUCGAACGUUCUCGGCGUGCAAGGCGCCCUACUCUCGCAUUUGAUCGAACCGGUAAUAAAACACAUGAAAGAGACAGUUCUCAAUUGGUUCCUCUUCCAGAUUUACUACUCGUCCAUGGCCGUCGCCGAGCAGAACAACGUGGAUCGGUUGCGGAGAGCCGUUUACGAGCGAGCAGCCGCCUUCCAGCCAACGGCUCCGUUCCGUCUUCAGAAUGUGACAAUUGGAGAGUGUCAAAUCGAUGACGUCGAGCAGUCGACCUCAGCCACGGCGAGAUCUACGAUGAGCUCGAUUAACUGGAAUCUGGCGGACGGAACGGUGGAAGUGGUCAAGACAUCGGACGGAAUGGUUCACGUGAAGGAUCUAGCGGGCGCUGAUCUGGCGAAACCCUCCAGACUCUGCAAGAAGAAGCUCGCCGAGUUAAUGCUCGCUGUAAUUUCUCCAUCAUCUGAAUCAUUCGAAACUAUUUUUUUAGACUUGCAACCUAACCAAAACAUCAGUGGAAUCACCGAUCACUUACGAAAAGUUAAAAGCAGGCUCUUUAAGCUAUGAGAAAACGAAGAAAGAGUUCGUGACGUGGCUUCACAAACAGAAUCUUGGAGUUUGGCAACGUAAGCCACGUGAUUUCCAGAUGUUCACUGUCAAUUGAACCUGACCAACCUACUUUUUCCGAUCUCAUUUCUGUUUGUUAAUCCAAAAUAAUAUGUAAAUGUUCAUGCUGUGCAAAUGUCUUCCAUUCUUUAGGGUUGCAACCCGUUUUCAAAUACUUUCUACUCACAGAGACCACAAAAUUAUCAAUCAUUUAUUCAGAUGCCUGAGCCGGUGACCCAUGUAAUUUUCGAUUUUGACGGUCUCCUCGUCGACACCGAAUCCGCGUAUACCAAAGCGAAUUCGGAACUUCUGAAAGCGUUCGGAAAAGACUUCACGAUGGAUCUGAAGAGAAGUUCGCCAGCAUUAAAAUACUUGUUCACUUCCGUUUCGUUCAGGACAAAUGGGAAAACGACAUGACGAAUCGAUCCGUUGGCUGAUAAACGAACUGAAUAUCGGUGACCAAGUGACACCGGAAGAGUAUUCCCGCAAGUACGACGCCAUUCUCACCGAAAUGUUCCAAAAGAGUGAGGCGAUGCCGGGAGCGGAGAAACUCGUGCGUCAUCUCAUUCAGAAGAGAAUUCCCGUUGGACUGUGCACCGGAUCGUGCAGCCGAACAUUCCCGACCAAACUGGAUAACCACUCCGACUGGGUCAACCUCAUCGAACUGCAAGUCCUCUCUGGUGAUGACCCGGAAGUCAAGUUCGGGAAGCCGCAUCCGGAUCCGUUCCUUGUCACCAUGCGACGAUUCGGACAACCGCCCGAGUCCCCUAAGAACGUUCUCGUGUUUGAGGACUCCUACAAUGGGGUUCUCUCGGCUCUUGAAGCUGGAAUGCAGUGUGUAAUGGUCCCGGAACGGACAAUCUACGACCCGGACAGUGAACCUGAUUUCAAGAAACGAGUUACGCAGAUCCUCGACAGUUUGGAGCAUUUCAAGCCGGAACACUUCGGACUUCCUGCUUACGAAUAA